AUGCCCUCGUCGUCUCGCCUUCCGUACUCGCAGUCGUCUCGUCUGCCCUAUCCGGCGUCUAACGUUGCACCGGCGAUGGCCAGCCCAAUAACUGUGAACUCUCACCGAAACUCGACGCUCGUUCAUCGUGGGUUCUAUGACUUGCUUUCAUUGGUCCCUGGUACUGCCGGUGUGGGGGUUGGGACGAGAAGAGGAAAGGUGAAUGAUAUGUGGCCGCAUGACGAGCUAGUGCCGGGGCAGAGGUACGAGGACAUAGGAAUGGGAGGACCCCCACCCGCUCCUCCACCUGGAGGCACGUUUAUCCCUUCAACCGGAGUUGCUGUAUCGCCACCUACCCUAGCCUCACCCAAAGGCAAGCGUAGGAUAAGCAAGGAUAUGGUAUCUCGGCCGAUGGGGUUUGUUCAUCUGGUCCAUGCCUCUGACGCAGAUCAGGCCGAAGCAUUGCUGAGUCGGUGGGGACCAGAUGGAAUAGGAAAAUUAGGAGUAGAUCCAAAUUGGGCUCAACCGAUCAAGACUCAAAUUCGCUCUAAGCAGCAAGAACGAGCUGUGGCGGAGGUAAUGCACGCAAUGGAUGCUACUCCUUCUACAUCCUCGGCUAGCGCUCUAGUGCUUCGUGUGGUCAAUGGCAUGUCCACAUCCACAUUAACCACAUCAACUGUCGCGCCAUCGACACCUGGAGCUGAGAAGACCUAUUCCCGCCUUGCGAAUUCCAACUCCCGACUUGGGCUCAGUCCGCCACUCGAAACUCAGCACGAGCACUCUGGAGAAGAAUCAACUGACGCUAAAGCUGGUCAUACGAGCGAAGGCAGUGAGAUCACGAUCAAGGGUCGAUCCAUCGUACCACAUCCACCAAAGCAGGCUCAAGCCACUGUUAGUCCCGACCUAGGUCAGGUCGAAAUGGUUGCGAGCCCACUUGUGUGCAGGGAAGGCGUGGGAAUUGGGCAUCCGAUCGGGCCGAGGAGCCCUGGGAAUCCACCCCAGCCCCGAUCUCCUGGCCGAAUUGCCGUGCCGCCUAGAUCUCCAGACCGACCGAUGGGACCGAGGCCACCUGGCGACAGUUCUGCAGUACCAUAUUCUCCAGCGCAAUCUGUGCCGUAUUCCCCGACGCAACCAGCUACACCAUAUACUCCACAACAUACACCCUGGCUACCGACGACACCUCCUAAACCAGAUUUUGCCCCCGCAACUCCACCCAAAGACUUUCCGCCACCCACACCACCCAAGCGCGCCGACUUGGGCUAUCCUAUAUCCCCAAAACGUGAUAUCACUCCCGUAACGCCCAAGCGUGAGUUCCAACCAGCGACGAUGCCUCUCAAACGUUCGACAUCACGACCGUUACCUAUUCCUGCCGGUGGUGCAAUCGGAGCUCCUGAAGACCCAUUGGCCAUGUUUGCGAAUGAGCUAAUGAGAGGCGUGAAUGGUGGAGCUAGUCCUAUUCCUAUCCCCGGCUUACCUGGUUCGCCUCCAAAAUCGGGUCUUCCUGGAUCUCCUGGGACACCUGGAACAAUUCGAAUCCACCCUGAGGGUACGCCCCUUCCUGCCCCUACUCCGGGGGCCUGGGGGGCAACUGCUAUCAAAGAGGACGCGGAAAUAGCUAAUUCACCCGGUACCAAUAGUGGCGGAAUCGGUGUCCCUCGUGGCUUUACAAACUCGAUCAUUGGAGGAACGGGAGAUAAGUGGGCUACAGGGCCAAAUGUCAAUCGUCAGUAUUACCAUCUUAUCAUUGGCUUCGUUAUCCUGACAUAUUCUCUACCUCAUUGGGGAUCUAUUAAAUCAAAUCAUUCAUAUCCAGCUCCCUCUAAACUAUUCCGACCAUCGCUUACUACGCUCGAUAAGGCUGUUUCGGCAAAAAUUUACUUUGAGAAUGUAUAUUUCCCGUUGCUACGACUUCCGCCUUCCAGAGAGCAGAGGCGUCUGGCCAUGGAGGCCGAGAUGGAACAGCUCAAUAUUCCCCAACAUAUGCGCACUCAGCUCCGUGCAAGAUGGCGAGCCAAUGAGACCGCUUACCUUCGCGAACGACGGCGACGAGUUGAUCAACGUUCGUUUGUCAAGCUCAAGACGAUUGGGCAUGGAGCUUUUGGUGUUGUCAGUCUCGUGAAGGAGAAAGAUACCGGGGAACUCUACGCAAUGAAGCAGAUGCGCAAAGUCGAUAUGCUUCGCAAAGGCCAAGAAGGACAUGUGCGCGCGGAGCGAGAUGUACUCAAGGGAGCAGCGCUCGUAUCUAGUCCGACUGGAGCGGACUGGAUCGUUCGGCUAUUUUAUAGCUUCCAGGACCAGGACCAUUUGUAUCUUGUACUCGAGUUUAUGGGCGGAGGUGAUCUAUUGAAUUUGUUGAUCGAGAAAGAUAUUUUUGAAGAGGACUUUGCCAAAUUUUACAUUGCCGAGAUGAUUCUUGCGAUCGAGCAAUGUCAUAAGCAAGGGUUUAUUCACAGAGACAUCAAGCCUGAUAACUUCUUGUUUGACCCCAAUGGGCACAUCAAACUGAGUGAUUUUGGGCUGGCUACUGAUCUGCACUGGGCGCAUGAUACAUCUUACUAUGAGCAACAGCGAAGGGAUCUACUUCACAAACAUGGUAUUGAUCUGGAAGAUGGAGAGACUCGUACUCAUAAGAACCGUCGAAUGGACAAGUUUGAAGCUGAUCGUGUGAUGGGAGGUGAGGGUGUGUUCACUUGGCGCGAGAAAAACCGAAAGAAGCUAGCGUAUUCGGUUUGCGGGACGAACUCGUAUAUGAGCCCAGAGGUUAUUCGAGGUCAAGGAUAUUCCUUCUCUUGUGAUUGGUGGAGCCUGGGUGUUAUAAUGUUCGAAUGUUUGUACGGCUAUCCCCCAUUCGUCAGCAAUUCGCGCCACGUUACGCGUCAGAAGAUCCUCAACUGGCGAACAUCCCUCCGUUUCCCGCCUCGGCCAAAAAUAUCUCGUGAAGGUGUUGACUUGAUGGCACGCCUUUUGUGUGAACCAGAGGAUCGUAUUGGAGCACAAGGUGGACUUCCGCCAGGGAUGAACCGGCGCAGUGGAUUCCUCGGUGGUAGCCUAGAUGGGGCGGAUGACAUCAAGGCCCAUCCAUGGUUCAGGGACAUUGAUUUUGCACGCAUACAUGAACAAGAGGCGCCAUUCAGGCCCGAACUACAGCGCCCAGAUGAUACGAAGCAUUUCGAUACAGAAAUCGCACCCGAGCCCCUCGCACCAGCCAACGGUGCUCCCCCAGACGCAACACGAGACCCAAUGUUACGACACAAAGUACACGGUGCCCACAUCCUCGAGACCCGAAAGGCAUUUGCAUUCGCCGGUUUUACACACAAAAGCCCGCGCAAGAUCAGCUAUACCACUAUUGAUGCUAUCCUCAAACCUUUUGAGGAUAACGACGCCAAACGAGUCCCUGCAGCACAUGGAGGAGAUGAUGAACAAAGAGGCCGGUCGACCCUUAGGGAACAGGAAACCGUCGGGCGCGGAAGAGCUAUAUCCAUGUAA